UUCCAAAUAAAAACCGUUCUUUCUUUUCUUUCUGUCAACAUUCCAUCAAAACUUCCGUCAGUAUUCUCAUCCACGGUUCUCUCUGUUGAACACCAAAAACCCUUUGCUUCUGCCAACAGAAACUAUUAAGACUUCGCUCGCCAAUACCACCAAACCCUAACGAUUUCCAAAGCGGUCAUUGUGACCUUUCAUCUUGUGACUCGCUGAAUUGAAUCGGAUUCGAAUCUGACUCAUCGGAAAUCUAUCCACUCACUCAUGGGUGCUGCGGGCUCUAAGCUCGAGAAGGCUCUCGGCGACCAAUUCCCCGAAGGAGAACGUUACUUCGGCCUAGAGAAUUUUGGCAAUACUUGUUACUGCAACAGUGUUUUGCAGGCACUAUACUUUUGUGUUCCAUUUCGUGAACAAUUACUAGAGUAUUAUGGAAAUAACAAAAGCAUUGGGGAGUUGGAAGAAAAUCUUUUAACUUGCUUAGCUGACUUAUUUUCACAGAUAAGUUCGCAGAAGAAGAAAACUGGUGUCAUUGCUCCUAAACGAUUUGUGCAGAGGUUGAAAAAACAGAAUGAAAUCUUCCGCAGCUAUAUGCACCAGGACGCCCACGAAUUCCUGAAUUAUUUGCUGAAUGAACUUGUUGACAUUUUGGAGAAAGAAGCCCAUACUGUACAAAAUGAUCAAGAGACGUCCCCACCUUCUGAGAAGGCUGCAAACGGGCUCACAAAUGGUACAAUUAAUGGUGCAAAGAAAGAUCCUUUGGUUACUUGGGUGCACAAAAAUUUCCAGGGAAUACUCACAAAUGAAACAAGGUGCUUGCAAUGUGAAACAGUGACAGCCAGAGAUGAAACAUUUCUUGACUUGAGCCUUGAUAUUGAGCAAAAUAGUUCAAUUACAAGCUGUUUGAAAAAUUUCAGUUCCACUGAGACGUUGAAUGCUGAAGACAAAUUUUUUUGUGACAAAUGCUGCAGUUUGCAAGAGGCUCAGAAAAGGAUGAAGAUAAAGAAACCACCUCACAUCUUGGUCAUCCAUUUGAAGCGGUUUAAGUACAUGGAACAGCUGGGCCGCUACAAGAAGCUAUCUUACAGAGUUGUCUUCCCCCUCGAGCUGAAAUUGAGUAACACCGUUGAUGAAGCAGACAUUGAGUAUUCUCUAUUUGCGGUGGUUGUACAUGUGGGAAGUGGCCCCAACCAUGGGCAUUAUGUUAGCCUUGUGAAAAGCCAUAAUCACUGGUUAUUUUUCGAUGACGAAAAUGUUGAGAUGAUUGACGAAUCUGCUGUGCAAACUUUCUUUGGAUCAGCACAGGAAUAUUCCAGUAAUACAGACCACGGGUACAUUUUGUUCUAUGAAAGCCUUGGCCUGGGUAACCGGAGUUAGACGGAGGAGUUCUAUGAAUUUUAGGUACUCAAUCAUUUGGAACCCAUCUGGUUUAUAUAUUUAUUUUCUUUACUACCGUCUUCAUUUUUCAACCCUUUGAAGGAGAUUUUACGUCCUUCAGACAGAGGAUAUACGGUUGUGAAAAUGUAAACUUAGGUGGAU